CUCGUCCUGGAAUGUAGAAAAGCUUGAUAACUCCUUCCUUUGUUGUGUGAUGACAAUGAACACUAAACCCUUGAUGAGACAGUCACAGAAUACUCACAGUCAGGCAGUCAUCACUAAGAGGUGAAAUGGCGCAGAAAGGAGUUCAGCUGGACCCGGAGACCUUCUCUUGUUCGAUCUGUCUGGAUCUACUGAAGGAUCCGGUGACUACUUCCUGUGGACACAACUACUGCAUGAACUGCAUUAAAAGCCACUGGGAUGAAGAGGAUCAUAAGAACAUCCACAGCUGUCCUCAGUGCAGGCAGACGUUCACACCGAGGCCUGUCCUGCUGAAAAACAACUUGUUAGCAGAUUUAGUGGAGGAGCUGAAGAAGACUGGACUCCAAGCUGCUCCUGCUGAUCACUGCUAUGCUGGAGCUGAAGAUGUGGCCUGUGAUUUCUGCACUGGGAGAAAACUAAAAGCCAUCAAGUCCUGUUUGAUGUGUCUGAUGUCUUACUGUGAUCAACACCUCCAGCCUCAUUAUGAUGUGGCUCAGUUAAAGAAACACAAGCUGGUGGAGCCCUCCAAGAAGCUCCAGGAGAACAUCUGCUCUCGUCAUGAUGAGGUGAUGAAGAUGUUCUGCCGUACUGAUCAGCAGCUUAUCUGUUAUCUCUGCUUAAUGGAGGAACAUAAAGGCCAUGACACAGUCUCUGCUGCAGCAGAAAGUAGUGAGAGGCAGAAAAAGCUUGAGGGGAGUCAACACAACAUCCAGCAGAGAAUCCAGGACAGAGAGAAAGAUGUGAAGCUGCUUCAACAGCAGGCGGAGGCCAUCAAUCGCUCUGCUGAUAAAGCAGUGGAGGAAAGCGAGAAGAUCUUCUCUGAGCUGAUCUGUCUCCUGGAGAAAAGAAGCUCUGAUGUGGAGCAGCAGGUCAGAUCCCAGCAGAAAAGUGAAGUGAGUCGAGUCAAAGAGCUUCAGGAGAAGCUGGAGCAGGAGAUCACUGAGCUGAAGAAGAAAGACGCUGAGCUGAAGAAGCUCUCACACACAGAGGAUCACAACCAGUUUCUACACAACUACCCCUCACAAUCAGCAUCCAGCAUCGAUAUCUGUCCUCUGAGCUACUUUGAGGACAUGACAGCGGCUGUAUCAGAAGUCAGAGAUAAACUACAGGACGUUCUGAGAGAGAAGUGGACAAACGUCUCACUGGCAGGAAAGGCUGUAGGACUGGCCGUAAACAGAAGACAGAGCAAACAGGACCCUCAUGUGAGAAGGGACCACAAAGAUUUGAGAUGCUGGAAGGGGCCCACAGAGAAUGCGUAUGUACAGGGACCAGAAGUUUUUGCUACACCCCUGCUGACUCUAGAGGAUUUUUUAGUGUCACAACCAGAGCCCAAGACCAGAGCUGACUUCUUACAAUAUUCACGUGAAAUCACACUGGAUCCAAACACAGCACACACACAUCUGUUAUUAUCUGAGGGGAACAGAAAAGCAACAAGAAUGAGAAAACAUCAGGCUUAUUCUAGUCACCCAGACAGAUUCACUAGAUGGCCUCAGGUCCUGAGUAGAGAGAGUCUGACUGGACGUUGUUACUGGGAGGUGGAGAGGAGAGGGUAUGGAGUAGAUAUAGCAGUUGCAUACAAGAAUAUCAGCAGAGCAGGGAGGUCGAAUGAAUGUUUGUUUGGAUUCAAUGACAAAUCAUGGCCGUUACAUUGGGAAAGAAAUUGUUAUUUAUUUUGUUACAACAAAGUCAAAACUCCCGUCUCAGGUCCUGAGUCCUCCAGAGUAGGAGUGUACCUGGAUCACAGUGCAGGUAUUCUGUCCUUCUACAGCGUCUCUGAAACCAUGACUCUCCUCCACAGAGUCCAGACCACAUUCACUCAGCCGCUCUAUGCUGGUUUUAGUCUUGAUUAUUCUGGAACCACUGCUGAGUUGUGUGAGCUGAAGUAGACGGAAGUCAUUUAAGGGUUAAUCUCUGUUUUAACUCUUCAACUUAUUUAGUCUUCAUGUUUGUUGCUGAGAGCUGAUUGUUGUGACAUUUCUUCACUGCACAGAGAUCAGCUGUCAGUCAAACAUUAUGGGAUGUCCUUUGGCAUCUGGUCAUUAGUUGUUGUGUAAAUGUUUGAGUUUCUUUAGGUGACUCCUUCCUGUGUCUGUUUAGCCACGGAGGCUAUCACUGCUCAUGAUGAUGUUUGUUG